CUUUAUUUAAUUUUAUCUUAUUAAAAAAAAAAAAAAAGGGAAAUGGCAGAGGUGUUACAUAAGGUCGAUUCACAUCAAAUAAAGAACUUUUAUAUUGGACAGAAACAUAACAGAUUCCAACACUAUGUUAAAUACGAUUAUUGUGAAUCACCAAGCAUUGAAGAAGAAAUAAAUGAAUUCAUACCUUAUUCUGAAGUCAAAUUUGAAUUAAAAGAAUAUAAAAAAGAGUAUUCAAAUUGGCAAACAGAUAAAAAAAAUAUUAUUAUUCAAGAUUGUUGUAAUCAUCUUGAUUUCGUAAAUGAUGAACAACGAAUAAAAGCUGCAAAAUGUCUAGUCUAUAUUUCAUUAGGAAACUAUGGAGAUCAUCAAGAUUUAAUAGAAUCCAUGAGACAAAAUAACCAGUUACUAUUUGAUUUUGACAUUAUACCUGUAUUAAAACAAUCAUUAAAUCAUGCAUGCCAUCAAUUAGAAACAGUAUCCAUAACAAACUCGAAUUCAAUGGAAUUAAUUACUUUAUAUUGUAAAGAAAUCGAUUUGUAUUUAACCAUCUUAUUUAUGGUGUUGAUAUUCAACAAAGAAAAGGAAUCAUUAAAAAAGUACAAACUAGUAGAGUUCUUGUUUGACCUCAUUGUUAGAUUAAAAGAGCAUUUUACAAGAACAUUUCCUUUAAAAAAGUUAAUGAUGAUAUUACAUAAGGCAUUAUUGAUUACAUUAGGUAAUCCUGAUGAUAAAAAGGAAUACGAUGAAUUGAAAGCGACUCUAAGAGAGAUCUAUGGAUUACCUAAACAUGAUAAUCAUAAGUUCAUUGUUAAAUGUCAACCAGAAGAUUUGCAUCAUUUUAUUCAACAAUCAACCGAAAGAUAUCCCACCUUUACCCCACCUAAUAAAAUAACAGAAAAGAUAACGAUCAAUCCAUUAACCAUCACUGCUUCUUCCACUUUAACAAAGGCCAUGGGACUUUCAAAGGCAUCCGAAGGCGUAGAUCUACCUUAUCAUACCCUUUUCCCAUCUAAAAAUCAGCAGCAGCAACAACAACACUAUCAAUUAAAUGGCAAUAAUAAAAGGCAACCACAAACAACAGAGGCUCAUCUUCUUCCAUUUACGAAGACAAGUGCAGUUUUACCUUUUAGUUUAUCAGAAGCAAGUUCUGUAUGGAUAAAUCAUUUGUAUAUUUCAACAGCUAAUUAUCAAAUUAUACAUGAAAGAGAAAAGGCUAUUCAUCGAUGGGAAAGAUGGAAUGAAGAUAAGCAGCAAGACGAUGAGGAUGAAGAUAGGAUAUGGAUCAAUCAAGGAAUCAAGUCAGAGGAUCAAAGGAAUUUAUUGAAUCGAAUUCAUCAUAUUUAUCAGUCAAUCGUACCUAACUUUCAAAGUAUUGUCGUUGUAUUUUUGAAACUCUUACUAUCGACUGUGACUAUGCCUGGAAAAGAUAAAGAAGCAGAGAUUGUAGAAGAUAUCAAUAUGACUCGACAUCGAGAAACUAUUUCGAAGGCUGUUUCUAGUAUUUUACUUCUUUUAUUAAAAUGGUUCAAGAUAUCACACGUCUUAAAAUUCGAAUAUUUAGGGCAAGUAUUGAUCGACUCUGGUUGUAUGCUUUUGAUCUUGAAAUUAUUAGGUUUACAAGAAGUGGCUUCACUUGCAUCAAAGAGAACAGACACUGAAAGUUUAAGUUUUUUUGGUUCUUUUAAAGAAAUGAAUAGAGAAGAAGAAGAAGAAGAAGGAUAUGUUAAUAAACGGAAUUUAUGUUGGCCUAUUAAUUUGUUAAGAAUAUUACAGAUGCUAACUAAAAGAAAGAUGCAUCGUAUUUUACUUUUAGUUCAAUAUAAAUCAGCUGCUAUCCUAAAAAGACUACUUAAAGUAGGUCAUCCUGUGUUGGAAUUAUACGUAUUAAAAAACCUAAAAAACCAAAUUCCCUUUUUAGGUAGAAAAUGGAGAACAGGAAAUAUGAAGACCAUCUCUGCUAUUUAUGCCCAUUGUGUCACUUCAUUAAAUGAUGAUUGGUUAUCAUGUCCAGAAGGAUGUAUAGAUAUUGAAGAGAGUGCAGCUGAAGAAAUCAAUUUACGUAUGUUGAUUAGACUUUAUAAUGGGCAACGUUAUCUACCUCAUUUAAUACCUAGUAUGGAUGAAGUGAAUGGACCCAAUAGUACUGUGUUCUAUAAAAGUAAUGAUAAAAGACAAGGAUUACCAGAUUAUACAUUAAAUGAGCUCCUAAAAGACGACUUUGAACUUGAUAAUGAUUUUAAACAAAAUUAUCGUACUUGGCUUGAAAAAGACAUCUAUUCAACCGAAGAAGAAGAAGAACAGGAAGAAAAGGAAAAAGAUUGGAAAAUAAGUACACCUAUACCUAAUAGCUCACCUGUAUCCAUUUCACCUGAAGAUAUAACAAGAGAAAUUAACAAGUUAUAUAUUGAAGAAUUAUCCAGAGAAUUUAAGGACAAGAUAAACUCCCAAACAGAAGACAUGAAGAAUGAAAAAGAAGAAGAUGGAUGGGAUAAAGCUAUUGAUUAUAAUAGUCAAAUGAAUAAUCCAUGGAUAGAGUCUUCUUCUUCAAUAUCAAGCGAGUUCUUUAAUGAUGAUGAUGACGAAGAAGAAGAGAUAGAUAAUAAGGAAGAAACAAAUAAUCCUUUAAAGGGAAUUAAUUGGAAUAAUUUAACAGAAGAAGAAUUAAAGAGAAGAUUAGCCCUAGUAGAAGAAAAGACAGUCCAAAGGUGGCUAAACGUAGAUAUGAAUGAUCCAAGAUAUAUGAAGGUACUUAAUACAUUUGAAGAUGAAGAAGGUGUCAUGCCUUUAGACGAUGAGGGCUGGCCAAUUUAAAUAAUCACAUGAAAUUUAUACAAUUUUGUAUGUAUCACCUUCUCAUUUAUUACUGCUGAAAAUAAAAAUAAAAAACAGGAG